GCAGCCAGGAAAGGAGCUGAGAGGGCACCCACCCCUGGCCGUCCCUGUGAGGUUGCCUUGUGUCCAGUGCAGGGCUGGAUAAGGCGCAGGGCUGCCUGCAUGGAAGUCUGAGUAAGAAGGUUCACUGGGCACCCCAACCUAGUUAGGAUCCACAAAAGAAAUCAGUGGUCUGUGCCCUGAGGCCAAGUUUGAAUUCAGAUCAUUCCCCGGAGUGACCUUGGGCUCCUCCAACCUCAGGCUGCUUCUGGCUCUGUGGAGAAAGCCUUUAGGAGAAGACUCCUAGCAGAGAGCGAUUAGGCCGCAAAGCUGCUGUCCACGUGGACUGGAGCUGACAUUGCACGCCCACCUGCCAGGAUCCCUGCUGCCAAGUUUGUGCUCCGAGACAUGGCAACUGACAACAGCAAGGUGGCUGAUGGGCAGAUCUCUACCGAGGUCAGCGAGGCCCCUGUGGCCAGCGACAAGCCCAAAACCCUGGUAGUCAAGGUGCAGAAGAAGGCCGGGGACCUCCCUGACCGGGACACAUGGAAGGGACGCUUCGACUUCCUCAUGUCCUGUGUGGGCUACGCCAUUGGCCUGGGCAAUGUGUGGAGGUUCCCUUACCUCUGCGGGAAAAACGGUGGCGGGGCCUUCCUAAUCCCAUAUUUCCUGACGCUCAUCUUUGCGGGUGUUCCUCUCUUCCUUUUGGAGUGCUCCCUAGGCCAGUACACCUCCAUUGGGGGCCUGGGUGUUUGGAAGCUGGCACCCAUGUUCAAGGGUGUGGGCCUCGCGGCAGCUGUGCUGUCCUUCUGGCUGAACAUCUACUACAUCGUCAUCAUCUCCUGGGCCAUCUACUACCUGUACAACUCCUUCACCACGACUCUGCCAUGGAAACAGUGUGACAACCCGUGGAACACUGACCGCUGCUUCUCCAACUACAGCCUGGUCAAUACCACCAACAUGACCAGCGCCGUGGUGGAGUUCUGGGAGCGCAACAUGCACCAGAUGACAGAUGGGCUGGACAAGCCAGGACAGAUCCGCUGGCCGCUGGCCAUCACACUGGCCAUUGCCUGGGUGCUCGUGUAUUUCUGCAUCUGGAAGGGUGUUGGUUGGACUGGAAAGGUGGUCUACUUCUCAGCCACGUACCCCUACAUCAUGCUUAUCAUCCUGUUCUUCCGUGGAGUGACGCUUCCCGGGGCCAAGGAGGGGAUCCUCUUCUACAUCACACCCAACUUCCGAAAGCUGUCUGAUUCUGAGGUGUGGCUUGAUGCCGCCACCCAGAUCUUCUUCUCCUACGGGCUGGGCCUGGGGUCCCUGAUUGCUCUGGGAAGCUACAACUCUUUCCACAACAAUGUGUACAGGGACUCCAUCAUCGUUUGCUGCAUCAACUCCUGCACCAGCAUGUUUGCCGGCUUCGUCAUCUUCUCCAUCGUCGGCUUCAUGGCUCAUGUCACCAAGAGGUCCAUAGCUGAUGUGGCAGCCUCAGGCCCGGGGCUGGCAUUCUUGGCAUACCCUGAGGCUGUGACACAGCUACCCAUCUCUCCCCUCUGGGCUAUCCUGUUCUUCUCCAUGCUGCUGAUGCUGGGCAUUGACAGCCAGUUCUGUACCGUGGAGGGCUUCAUCACUGCCCUGGUGGACGAGUACCCCAGACUUCUCCGCAAUCGCCGUGAACUCUUCAUUGCUGCCGUGUGCAUUGUGUCCUACCUGAUUGGCCUGUCUAACAUCACCCAGGGUGGCAUUUAUGUCUUCAAACUGUUUGAUUAUUACUCUGCCAGCGGCAUGAGCUUGCUGUUCCUGGUUUUCUUCGAGUGUGUCUCCAUUUCCUGGUUUUAUGGUGUCAACCGGUUCUAUGACAACAUCCAGGAGAUGGUUGGCUCCAGGCCCUGCAUCUGGUGGAAGCUGUGCUGGUCCUUUUUCACACCCAUCAUUGUGGCGGGCGUGUUUCUCUUCAGUGCUGUGCAGAUGACACCACUCACCAUGGGAAGCUACGUUUUCCCCAAGUGGGGCCAGGGUGUGGGCUGGCUCAUGGCUCUGUCCUCCAUGGUGCUCAUCCCCGGGUACAUGGCUUACAUGUUCCUUACCCUGAAGGGCUCUCUGAAGCAGCGUCUCCAGGUCAUGAUUCAGCCCAGUGAAGAUAUUGUGCGCCCUGAGAAUGGCCCUGAGCAGCCGCAGGCUGGCAGCUCAGCCAGCAAGGAGGCCUACAUCUAGGGGUGCAGCCCCCUCAUCACCCCUACACUGGCACUCUGGACUGGCUGUACCCACACCCCUUGAAGACUGAAGAUACUCUCUGUCUCCACCUACCUCAAGGGGCAGGUCCAGACACCAUGACCAUGCAGAGAGGGGAGGUGGGGGACAGUCUGACCCUGGGUGGGCCCUGAGUGGGCAGCCGCCUCUGGAGGCUUCCGUAGAGGCCCCUUAGCAGGAGCAGGUGGCUAGCCUUUGUCACUGCCACUGUUGCUCCUUUUUAUGCUGCCAGAGAGGGUGAUAGCUGCGGCCACGCGCUCCUGGCUUUUAGUCUUUUUUUCAGACUGUUGUCCUGUGCCCCAACUGUAGACUGUUAUCCAGACUUUUCUGCCCACUUUGGCUCUGAACUGGUCAUGGACCAGGGCUACGGCAUUUUGUUCAUGGCCGCUGGGAGCCAGCAGGCUCUGCCUCUUCCUUCUCAAUUUCUCCUUCCUGAGGCAGCUUCCCGGACCCACCCCCAGACUGUUCACAGAUCAGUGCGGAGAGGGUCCUCUGUCCCUGUGACCCUGUGACCCGGGCAGCUCAGUGUCCCCUGCCCUACCUCCCCAGGUGGCAUUAACAACAACAGCCCAUCCAGAAGGGUCCUGUGUACUGGGAAGGAACAAAAGAAAUCACAAGCACAACUGCCUUUUUUGGUCACCAUCCCAGGACUUACCCCAAGUGGGAGCUGUGGUCCUUCUGAGCUGCCCAGUUUGGCACAAACAAUGACCAAGGAAAUCAAGGUGAAGGUUCUAAGUCAGGACCAAUCCAGCUCACUCUGGUUUCCCUCUUAGACUGUCACUGCCACUCUGUUCUGCUGUCCCCCCACCCCCCACCUUUCUGGAAAACUUUCAGAUGUACACGCCCACUCAUGGAGCAGGGUUACUCCAGAGGCUCCGCCCACCCUACCCUGGCAUUAAGCUUCCCUUGCUAGCCUGCUCUAGUGGGGACAUCACAUGUCCCUUCUGGCCUUGGGUUCUGUGUUGGUGAAGCCAGCGGAGACAGUUUCUGGAAAGUUCCAGAAACUCUGCCUCUCUCCUCUGCAGAGAGGGUGGACCCCCAUGUAGCAAAGCGUAUGUCUCGUCCCGUAGCUUCUUAGCUUGAUAGCUCACAAACCGUGUUCAUGACUAACCCUUAAUAACUAUGGUGAAUAACUGUGACCGUGGGUUUUUUGAAUCUCUUGUCAUUCUCAUCCAGAAGUGACCAGCACACCAGUUCUUGCAAUAAGCUAUCUCCCUCCCUCAGAGCAUUAAGCACACUGUAGAGAAUGCAGACAUGUAUGCACAUAGAAAUGCACACACAUGCAUACCCAUCCUCACAUGUGGCAUUUAGCGCCCCAUGUGAUAUUGUGUAGGCAAUCUACCAGCUCUUCCCUAGGCCACUUGUAACAGGGUUGUGUGGCUGAGGCAUCUGCCUGCUCGGUGGAGACUCUGCGACCGACCAGCGUGCACAGGUGCCUGUCGCCAGAGUCCCAGGUGUGGAAUGCAAGGACCCUCCACUGUGUCUCGUGGCCCCACCCCCACCUACCCCCACCUGUGUAGGAAGCCCUUUAGGAUGAGGGCAGGAGGUCUCCUUCUUGCUGCUCGGUGUUCUUUGAUGUGAAACUGAGAACAAGUCUUUUUGAGAUAAAUGCAGUGUAUUUCAUGUUUGUAAGCACCUCUGAGAUGUUUGGCAAGAAAUCCCCUGAUUUCCACCCAAACUUACCUUAUAGAGCACAACGUUAAAGGUCGUACAAUUACUGUGAGAACUGUGAAUAUGUGUAACUUUUUUUUUCAGUUUUUGCCCAGAGGGAAGAAGAUAAUUGUAUUAUCAUAUAUGCUUUCUUUUUUUGCAAUAAGGAUUUAUUCUCAGAACACCAAGUAAAUUUAUCUCUAUAUAAAAGUAUAUGUAAUAUAUGCCUAUUCAGACUAUAUACAGAGCCUGUUUUAAAAAAAAAUUACAGUAUUAUUUAGUAAAAUUAUCUGUUCUAUGGACCAAAUGUAAAAUAUUUAUACAUGAAGAUGUGUUUUAAAUGUCUAUCAAAUGGAAUCACAGCUAGAGCACGGGCGUCAUGUACGUUUCUAAGAAUUUAGAGGAAAAAUAAUAAAGGUUCUAUGAUA